UGAAUUAGGAAGUGGAAGAAAAGACGCGGCAGGAGCUUCGUCAUUCCACUUUUCAUUCAUUGGUGUCGAGGCCUACGUCGUUUCAGAGGAAACACGGAACAUCAUGGUGAAAAUUUUCAUCGGCAACUUGGCGUGCAACGCCACAGCAGAUGAACUGCGUGAACUCUUCGAGAAGUACGGCAAAGUCACAGAAUGUGACAUUGUCAAAAACUACGGUUUUGUGCACAUGAGCAACACGUCUGAGGCAGAGGAGGCCAUCCAAAACCUCCACCAGCAAGAGCUGCACGGCUGGCGCAUGAACGUGGAGAUGAGCAAAGGGAGGCCCAAGUCCACCACCAAGCUGCAUGUCAGCAACCUCGGUGAAGGCGUUGACACUGAAGUCCUGAAGGCCAAGUUUGCAGAAUAUGGCCCGGUGGUGGAGUGCGACAUAGUGAAAGACUACGCCUUUGUGCACAUGGAGCAAAUGGAGGACGCCAUGGAGGCCAUCGAUAAGCUGGACAACACGGCCUUCAAAGGCAAGCUGAUGAGCGUACAGCUGUCCACCAGUCGGCUUCGCACCGCCCCGGGAAUGGGAGAUCAUACCGGCUGCUAUGUCUGCGGGAAACAUGGUCACUGGUCGAAAGACUGUCACAUCAGUCGGAACGGUAGAGACGGUGAUGGCUCAAGAGGUCGCAGGGGCCCCCCACGCGGUCCCCCAGGUUAUGGCAGGGAGAGCUACGGAAAUGCCCCGCCUCCUGCAGAUGAUUACAUGGGUGGCUAUAGUCGGGCAAGUUACGUAGGUGGGAUACCGCCUCCCCCUCGUAGACUCAGCGGCUACGGUGUUGAGCUUGGGGAUCGGUACGCAGGCAGAGUGGCAAGCUCCUAUCCUGAGAGGCCACCGGCUUAUGAUCGUGAACGCCUCUAUAGCAGUUAUGACUACUAUGAGAAGUACAGAGCUCGCCCUUAUGGCUCGAGCUAUUUCGAAGAUCGUCGCAUGUCCUAUAUCCCCCCUCCCCCUCCUCCCCCUUCCUCUCUCUCAAAGCUUCCCUCCAGUUUAGAUCCAUACGACCGUCGCCCUUUGCCUCCUUCAUCGGCCUCCGCAGCUGCCGCUUACUACGCACGGGACCGCAGCCCGAUCAGACGAGUACCCGUGUCCUCGGCGAGCUACGCCUACGAGCGAACACGCCUUUCUCCUGUGUCAGCCGCCAGGAGCUCCUACACUGCUCCACGACCCAAGGAUCAUUACACGCCACGCUACACGCCUUACUGAAGCUGAGGUGCCAAGGUUUGUUUGUGAACUUCAGGACUUUUCCUUCGUUGUCAUUUUUUUUCAAGCUUCAGGAUUCCAUCAGCAGAGAAUAAAGAUCUGGAAUGAGAUUUUUCAGGCACCUGAGACGCCAGUAACCUGCAGACAAAUCAUCUUUUCAGAUGCAUAAAGGUUUGCAAACUGCGUUGACACUUGUGAUGUAUAAAAACAAUAAUUCACUCACUUUUUUUUUUAGAGUUUUUUUAACGUCUUACAUGUUUCUUCCUCACAUGAAGCAAAUUCUAAACUGUAGAGAAAGUGAAUAGUUUGGCUUCUGUUCAUGUUUGGUUGAUGUAUGUGAACAUUGACUUCUCUGUUUUUGAUCGAGAUGAGGGAUAUCUUUUUCUGUUUUGAAUCUUAUCUUCCUUCAUGGCCUCUGACUUGUCGGUUAUAUCGAUGGAUGUUUUUACAAAAAUGCUGAGAAAGUAAAAAGAUGAAUCCAGAGUCUUCGGUUUGGAUCUGUUUUAAAGAAUCGAUCUAAAACAUUCCAGCCUCUUAAUUUUUUUCUCUGACUACAAUGUGUGUCUACAGAAUAUUCAGCAUCAUUUUCAAAAACAUCUUUACAUCGUUAACUCUCAGCUGACAACGAACAAUAAGCUUUCUUGUCGUUCGUUCUUGUCUGGGGUGGAUGGGCACCGUCUCUGAAGCGGCGAUAAAUAAACAGAAAUGUGAGGCAGGAGGACGUUCCUGUGUUUUGAUAAAGAUGCCUUUGUUUGUUUUGCAUAUAUUAAAGGUGGAUUUGAAGUUUGUAUUUUUCAUACUAGCUGUAAAAGCACCGACACAAAUUAAGAAAAUCUAAAGUGGAAAUGAUUUUUAAUAAAGCCAAUGUUGUUUUGGUGAUGUUGA